UUCCCGUGCGUCGGUCAGGUCGGGCAUUACGCGUGUUUGGCGGUAAGUACACUGUGUUUUAUCGUCUGCUCCGUUUGGCGUAUACUUUAAUAUAAUAGUAUAUAUAUAUAAUACGUAACAGUUAUAAACGAACAGUGUCGUAUCACCCGCCGUCGUCGAAAGGUUUUAGUUUUUCUUACGUCGUUUUACGUUUUUUAAUUUUUAAUUUUUUUUUGUGAUUUGCCGCUUUUCCGUGCAUCCGAUCUGCGUGUUAUCGGUGUCUGGUUAUUUGUUCGUGUAUAUAUAUAUAUAUAUAUAUAUGUUCAAACGAGUGGUGUCCUAAUGUACGACCGCGAGUGAUUGUCACAGAACUAAAUCAAUCCGUGUGAGAAAAAAAAUACCAUUUUGUUAAUUGAUAUUACGCAGGUGCUUGUGCGGUGAGUGUGUUUCCGCGUUAUACGUAUAGUCGUGCGCGCGUUUAACCGAAGACGGUGAUACAAUACUGUUAUAGUCGUGUCGGAGACAUUCUGCAGCCACCGCCACCGCUACCACCAGCGGCUCAAGUCCGGUGAAAUGACAAAUAGCAGUUUCGGCUGAAUCUAGUCUACUUGUUUUAUUACAUAGCGAGGUAUGGAGUACGACUUUAAAAGUAUCAUAAUCUCAUAGUUCGGGCCCAGGAACGGCGUAGGUGACUAUUAUUUCUGUAUCGUUUCAGAUAACGGUUAAUAUCAGAAACAUUCCAAAUCAAUUUCGACAGUUCAUUUAACAUCUCUGCCUUCCACGACCUCGAACAUAAUGCCGUUCAACGAAUCCGCUGAGUCGUACGCGACAUUCGGAUGGUUGUGACAGUUUUUGGUUCAAUUUCGUUUCAGAUAAAAUAUAUAUUUUACAAUUAAAUCCAGCAGAACAUCAUUAAUCCGAUAUUGCGGGUUAUUGUCAGCUGGUUACACUUAGAGUAUGAAAAAUAAGAAGGUGCACAGAUAAAACUAUAAACACUAAAAAAUUACUCAAUGUAAUUAAUACAUACAUUAUACAAACGUCCAUAUUAUAUUGACCAGCAGCGAAUAGUCGACACAACGUAUAAGGAUGGUGGUGACAUCUGGUUGCCAAUCUCAUGGACAUCAUCAAAAGUUCAUUGCAUUAUUGAUACUGUGCUUUUUGGAUUGUGGUCAAGGCGACGGUAAAGAAAAGCGAGAAAUAUCCAGUCCAAAAGGUAAAAGUGGACAACCAGGAGGAUCUGGUAACUCAGAAUGGCAACAGUUAUGGUAUUCAAGCGUCGAUGAAUUUCAAAAGCUCACAGAGCCGCUUUUGGACAAUACCACUGAAACUAACCUUACCGUGCCAUUAGGUAGCACCGCUUACCUUCAUUGUCGUGUUAGAAAUUUAGGCGAGCGAACGAUAUCAUGGGUUCGCCGCAGGGAUUGGCACAUCUUGACUUCGGGCAUGUUCACAUACACAAACGAUGAGAGGUUCACCGUGUUGCAUGCCGAAGGAUCGGAUGAUUGGACACUGAAAAUAAAAUACGUGCAGAAAAGAGACAACGGCACGUACGAAUGUCAGAUAUCCACUGGAACAGGCAUAAUGUCCUCAUUCAUCAACGUCCACAUCGUCGUUCCCGAAGUCCAUAUCGAUGGACCAAGUGAACUUCACGUAGAUAUGGGUAGCAUAAUAAAUCUUCUUUGUAUCAUCGAAAAAAGUCCACAACCUCCACAGUACGUAUUUUGGUAUCAUAAUGAAAAAAUGAUCAAUUACGACAAUAUCAGAGGGGGUAUUGUAGUCAAUACAGAAAAUGGUGGCCGUAGUACCAGCAGGUUGACCAUCCAUGACGUAAUUGACACGGACAGUGGCAAUUACACAUGUGAAACUGCAAAUGCCGAACAAGCUUACGUUUAUGUUUUUGUAUCUGAGGGAGACACUAUGGCUGCCAUAUCACGCAGAAAGUCUACAGCUUCAGGAAUUGAAGUGAUGCUAUGGUUUGUUGCAUUACCACUAAUGGUAAUAUCUGUUAGAUAAGGGGAAGCGAUUCUACUGUGUAAGUAAUAAAAAUUAUAUGUAUGUAUUUUAUCUUUGUAAAAAGUAUAAUUAUAAUUAUGAUUAUUGUUAAACAUUCAUAAACAUGUUUUUGUUUACUCAUGUCUUAUUUCAAUUACCAGAAUUAAGUAAAAUAAUAACUUUGGAAAAACAUUUAGAAUUUAGCCAAUUAUUAACUAAUUUAUCUCAUAAACUUAUACUUAAUAUUAUUAGUAUGGUUACCAUUUUUUUUUUUAUAUCUAUAUUAUAUUACAGAUAUGAUAUACAGAUAUAAUAUUACAUCUAAAAAGUGUUAUACAAUUAAAACUAUAUUAACAAUUAUAAUGUUGUAUACAAUUUUGAUUUGGUUUUAAUUAUCGCACUUAAGUUACAUUGUACAGGGUUACACAUAUUUAUUUAAAAAAAAAAAUGCAUAAUUUUAUUUUAAUCGAAAUUAAUUAAAACUUAUAUUAUUAAUGAUAAUAUUGUAAAUAUAAUUUUAACAUACAUUUUUCCUGUUAUAUUAUACUUAUGUAUAAGUUUAUAUUAUUUAAUAUUUUUGGAAAAUUAUAACAUAAUACUAAUUGUUUAAUUUUUUUUUUACUUUUACUAGUUGUUAUUAGUGACGUUAGUUAUCUUCUAUUAUAUACUAUUUAUAUGAAAAGUUAAAGUUUAAAUGAAUAAAAAUAUCUUUAUUAAUACAUCUCAAUGUAUACCUAUACCAGCUAAUGAGUUGAUAUAAUUUUAUUUUUUUCUGUACCUACUUAUUUAAUUUAUUGGACGUAAAUAGAAUUGUAAUUAAUUAAAAUUAUUAUUAAUAACUAUAAUUAUAAUUAAUAUUAGGAUUUUAAAAUUAUUGUGACAUAUUUUUUAAUGAUGGUUGUACGUAAUGGCAUUCUGAAAACAUCAUAAUGAUAUGAUAAUAUAUAUAUAUAUAUAUAUUGUAUGAAAACGACAUCAUCGGAUAUUCAUUGUACUAAAAUAAUACGAUUACUAUACAUAAUACUUUAAUGUUAUAAAGGACUAAUAUUACGAAAGUGCGAUUGGAAAUAGUUGUAAAUGUUUAAAAAUAUAAAGGGCUCAAUGAAACGUUGUAUGUACAGAAAUUCACAAGUUUUUUAUGUUUUCUUUUUUCAAAGAGCAAAUGUUUAUAACAAUUUCAUGUAUAUAACUAUUACAUCUCACAUUACAAUAAAAUAUCAAUGCAUCGCAGAUGUUCCUGAUAUUAUAUGAAUAAUGUUUACCAAUUGGUAUUAUAAUUAUUAUUAUUAUUAUACAUAAUUUUUUUUUUCUGGUAAAUUGUAUUGCCAAAUUGUAAUACUAUUAUUAUCAUAUAAUAUAUGAUACUUAUAAGUCAGUUGCGUGCUACCUAUACAUGCUUAAGACAUAAUAAGUCCAUUGUAAAUAUUCAUUUUCCAACAAUAAUAUACAAUUAUUAAUUGAAUGUCCGUUUAAUUGUUAAAUAAAUAUUAUUAAAAUAUAUUAAGUUCAAAACAAAA